GGCGGCGACUAAUGUCCGGCCACUUGGCCAGUUUGUUUACGUUUUCCUCGCUUCGAUUUCCGUGUGGUGUCAGCCGAUAAAAUACAGGGAAAAUGUCCUUUGCGGUAAAUCUAGUUUCGUGCAUCGGACGGGCGCUCUGGCAACCGCAGGUGAUGCCCGUGCGCUUCCGCUAUCAUGCCGAUAAGCUGGCACGAGGUCCGCUGGUGCGGCGCCAUGGCUACGAAGACAGGAUCCUUCAGCGAGGCCUCUUACCUCACUUAGAUAACGGCCAGAAGCUACCGAUGCCGGAUUACAAACCAAAGAAUGCGUGGUGUGAAAAGCGUGCGCUAUUCGGACAGAACGAUUACAUCGAUAUCCUGGGUAACGAUCGGCUGCACCCAACACGCGUCCUGUAUUCCGUGCCGUCGUGGUUGCGAGGAAUCUCCGGCAACGAAUAUCAGGUGUUGCUAAGGAAGAGGAAAAUGCUCAGCCGAACCAUCUAUCCCGUUGCGCGACCUACCAAGUGGCGAGACAUGGAGAAGCGCAUCUCAUACUUGUACCGCUUCCUGAACCGCAAAACCAAAACCGGUGCCUCCAAUGUCUAAGCGGACGUUAAAGGCUGUGCAUGCAUUACGUAGUAGUCAAUAAAUGAUGUCACUUUCGCGGUAGAACCGUGUUUGAGUU